UUCGACAAAAUUCCAUCUCUCUCAGAAAACCAAAAAAAAAAAAAAAAAAAAAACCAUCUUCUUCUUCAAGCUCUGAAAUUUCGAAACUUUCUCAAACAGAGCGAGUGAGAGAAGCACUCUCAGACAGCCUCUCACUGAAACCCUAGAAAACCCAGAAAAUGGACGACUACACGAGGGAGAUGAUGGACCUCAAGACCCUCGUCACUCGGACCCUCGAGAAGAAGGGCGUCCUCGCCAAGAUCCGGGCUGAGCUGAGAGCAAGUGUGUUCGAGGCAAUUGAAGAGGAGGACAAGGUGAUUGAGAAAGACGAAGGCUUGCCUCCGGCGCUGUUGGGUAGCUGCAACGAUCGUGCCAAGCAGCUCCAUGCUUCUCCUUCGGGAAGGUUGCUUACGGCAUUGAUAUGCGAAUACUUAGACUGGGCGCAGCUUAGCCACACGCUAAAAGUUUAUCUGCCCGAGUGUAAUUUGCAAAAGGAUUCUUGGAAAUCUGAGUUGAAGGACUUCAGUAACAAGAAUGGAUAUGACCUUAACAGAAAUGGGGAUAGUGGUCCCUUGCUUUUGGAUGUGCUUGAAGGAUUUUUGAAGUUUGAGAAUUUAUCUCAGACUAGGGGUACUGGAAGGAGGCUGACUACUUCAGAAGCAGAGUCCUUAUCCAAUUUAGACUCUCGGAACAUGCGAAGACCUUCUUCAUCAUCUGUUGCUGGAGGCCUACCUCCACUUGGAAGGCCUGGUACUGCUUCCCAGUCAUCUGAUCGAAGAGGUGGGUCCUCCAUGUCUAGCCACAGGAAAGAUGAUUACAAUUGGAGAUACGAUGAAGAGCUUCCGGAAGAUGUCCUCCGAGCUUCAAGUGCCAUGGAAAACCUUCAAUUGGAUAAAAAAGCUCGAAAUCUAACCACAUCCUGGCGGCACGCCGGAGAUGGAAGUAGUGAGGACGACAGCAGGUCAGACCAGAUGUAGCUGAAUCAAAUGAUGAUGACAGCCUUUGUAUAACUGCACGUGUAUUUUAUUUUGUAUUUUCAUCCUUCGAUGAUAGUAAUUUUAUGUAAGAUUAUACUGUAUUCUGAUUCUAGUGCGCUUUCGCUUUCCCCUUCGCUUGCUUCAAGUGUUUGUCUGUAUUUAAUUUCAUUUUUGACCCUCGUCGGGAAAACUUAAUAUCAGUAACUCCCUUCGCUUGCUUCCA